AUGCCGCUAGCCGGCGGGGGGCCACCCGCCAACUCGCUAGAAAACCUCACCGGCCAACGCAGACCUCCCUCUGCGUCAUCGUCUCCGAAUCCCAAGGGCGACCGGGAGGCCCAGCAAAGCAAGAAAAGAGUCAAACAAACAGUUCAAGGAGUGCAUAUUGAGAGUGACUCGGAUGUCAUUCUGGAGGACGCGGCGACGACGGAAGAACAACGCACGCGUUCAGGUACCCCGCCGCCGUCAGUCUAG